CACGGGAAGAGAGAGAGCGAAAGGAUUCGGUCCCUUUUUCUCCUUUCUCUCUCUCGCUCUCAUCUUCUUCUUGUGAAAUUAAACUCAAACACUUAAGUCUCAAAGAAAAAAAGAACAAAAAAAAAAUCUUCAGAGUUUCAGUCUCAGGUGGUUCACACAGUUAAUGCCGACUCUUACUUCUUUGCGCCGUUACGCGUAAUGGGUCAAUCUACAGUCCAAUUCCGAUAACCUCUACUGAGGCAUCCGAUGUUGAAGGGAGAGGUAGAGCCUAAGCAGAAGAAAGGUUGGUCAAACUCGCUACUAGAGUUUCGAUCAGGGUUUGGGGAAAAGAUGAAACUCGAGUCAAAGACAAGUUGGAAAUCUCUUGGACCUCUUAAUCUGAAAAGCAAAUCAGUUGCGCGGUGUUGUUUCUUUUCGAAGUUGAAGUCAAGCAACCAUGGUCCAGACCGUGCACGUGCACCCGUCUAUCUCAAUGUUUAUGACUUGACUCCUAUUAACGGAUAUAUCUAUUGGGCAGGCCUCGGUAUCUUUCACUCUGGUGUAGAAGUUCAUGGAGUAGAAUAUGCUUUUGGUGCACAUGAUUAUGCAACCAGCGGUGUUUUCGAGGUUGAACCAAGGCAGUGCCCAGGCUUCAAAUUCAAGAAGUCGAUAUUCAUUGGAACCACGAAUUUAAACCCGGCACAAGUGAGAGAGUUCAUGGAAGACACGGCUUGCAGUUACUAUGGGAAUAUGUAUCACUUGAUUGCUAAGAACUGCAACCAUUUCUGCCACGACGUUUGCUACAAGCUUACCGGCAAAAAGAUCCCAAAAUGGGUGAACCGCCUCGCGCAAAUAGGUUCUGUGUGUAGCUGCAUACUUCCAGAGUCACUCAAGAUCACAACGGUUAGUCAUGAUGAUCCGGAGGGGCAGAUCCCAGAGGAAGAAAGCGAAAGGAAAAGUCUGACAAGCUCAUUCAGCUGUUUGUCUUCCAUCUCCAUGAGACAAAAACAGCUUUCAACAUCAUCUUUGCUGAUACAAUCACCUCUCAGAGGAUGCUUACCUCCAUGGCAACUCAAACGAUCAAAAUCUGACAGCAGUUCCUUGAAAGGAAGGUAGAGACAACAUUCCCACAUUUCUCUUCUCUUCUCUUGUCUUUGUAAGAGAGUUAGAAAAACAGGUUUCGUUUUAACAAGCCCAUUCUUGUUUCUGUUUCGUUUGUAUUUUAUUCAAAAAAUUUGAAACCCCAUUUCUACUUUAACAGUGAAUCAAAAACGUUUAGUGUUGUAACGAUCAGAUAAAAAAAAAAAAAACCGAGAAACCUUUAUUAAAUUGUGAUGAUCAUAAUCAACAAGAGACCCAGUUCUUAUGAGUACUGAUAAUAGCUGAAAACAAACCUGCUGAGGCAAUCACACUCGGAGCUGAUAGCACUCCUUGACCAUCCCUUAGAUCUGCGAUCGUCAUCAAACCAUCAGCAAGAUCUUGAAGAACGGAUAACAUCUUCAACGUCUUCUUCUCCUUGAGCUUCCUCAUCUUCUCCUCUUCACCUUCAUAACCAAUCCCUCUCGUAACAGAGAUCUCGAUGGUCGACGCAAUACAAACUUCCUCUUCUUUAAUCUUCCUCAAAUCCCUAAGUUUCAACGAAACACUCCCAACGUAUCCCACAAGCUCCGCCCACGCACUCAUCUUCUGCAGCCACUUGGCGUCGAUGAGCCCCGAUUUCGAUAACCAGAUGAACUGCUCGACGAAGUAGUACAAUCCUUCGCCUCCGUAGGCGAGUAUGAGCAGCGCCAAGUCGCGAUUCGAGUCCCAUCGCGAGGAUCUGAGCGCGUUGAUGUCUUGUACGAAUUUGCCGAGACGGAAGGCUUUGCGGCUGACUCCGACGCUUGAUUCGAAGGAUUUGAGACGGUGAGUUAAGGGAUUGGUUUCUGGGAGGAGGGAUGAUGCGAGGAGGAUCUUGGUUGUGUAACGGCAGAUCUUCAGGAGCUUGUCUACGCCAUCCCUUUUGGCGAGGUAUGUUUCCAGAUGGUUUAGGAAGUCUUUUGGUUUUGGUUUGGGAUUUGCCAUUCUUUUCUCUGGAGGUUUGGCUUCCAUGGAGACUAGAUUUUGGUGAAUUUUCUAUUCGGCACGCAAAGAAAGAAGGACAACAUGGGCUGGACAAUCGAAACUUUUUUUGUUUCCUAAAAAAUAUACCCAAACGGGAAAAUUGCAUCUUUAACACAAAAUAAAACUAUAAUUCAUUCUCUA